AUGCCUAAGUGCGAUUGUCCAAAAUGCCAACCGUUAGGUGGUAAACUUUUAUCAUGGAGGACUUGGCGGCGACAUCAAAAAAAUAAUCAUUCUCACCAUACAUUUACCAAGCAGACUCUAUCUAAUUCAGCUUCUUCAGCAAAUAAAAAGCCUAUAAGACCCAACACACAUAGUAAUUACUCGGAUAAAUGGAAAAAUAAAACAGAUUAUGUUGACAAUGAGAAUGCAAUGGAUUAUUUUGAUGAGAUUGAAAUGAAUGAUUUUGACGAGAAUGAAAUGGAUAAUUUUGACAUUGCACUGUCAGAAUCAUCUUCACAUACAGAAAUGGCAGAAAAUGUUACACAGUUACAAGAAUGUAGUAAGCCAGCAACGAAUAGAAGUUCUUGUAAAUCAAAAAGAUCGCCAUUAAUACUAUUAGAUAAUUUUCCGAAGGAUAAUUUUGAUCGAAGUAAACACGAUCAAAGUGAAGAUGGUAAUUCCGAUCAAAGCGAAGAUAAACAUACAAAAUGUCUUAAAUGUGGACAAGUAAUAACAAAAGCUGUUAGAAGAUCGGGAGGAAAACUUAAAUAUAAACCUUUAGCAAUUUAUCCUUACCAAUCUAUUAUCACGAGAAUUGCGUCAAUAUUAGCAGAUGAAUCUAAUGAAAAAUUAAUGGAUUCACCAUUUAAACGACAAGUUGAAAAAGGAGUAUUAGGUGAUAUCUACGACGGGAAAGUUUGGAAAGAAUUUUUAGAUGAACGAGGACAACCUUUUUUUGUAGGAAAUAAUACUGAUGUUCGAAUUGGAUUAGCUUUUAACCUUGAUUGGUACACUCCAUAUAGUCAUGUUAAACGAAGUUGUGCACCAAUAUACAUGACAAUUCUUAAUUUUCCAAGGCAUUUAAGAUAUCGAAGUGAAAAUCUCAUUCUCGUCGGCAUUAUACCCGGCCCAAAGGAACCAGAUACAAAUCAAUUGCAAAAUUAUCUUCAGCCUAUGGUAAAUGAGUUAAAGCAACUUUGGAGUGGCCAACUAUUUAAAACCGCUCAAUACCCAAUUGGGC